UUAGAUUUCUCUCUUGCUGUAACAUCAAAAUGAGUGAAGGCACAGCGACCAUUAGAACGAGAAAGUUCCUAACAAACCGCUUGCUGCAACGCAAGCAAAUGGUUGUAGAUAUCAUCCACCCAGGACGUGCAAAUGUACCAAAAACAGAAAUCCGCGAGAAACUAGCAAAAAUGUACAAGACAACAGCUGAUGUGAUCUUUUGUUUUGGUUUCAAAACACAGUUUGGUGGUGGACGAAGUACCGGCUUUGCGCUUAUUUAUGAUAAUUUAGACAUUGCUAAAAAGACUGAACCCAAAUACAGAUUAGUCAGACAUGGUUUGAUGGAAAAAGCAAAAACAGCUCGUAAGCAGCUGAAGGAAAAGAAAAACAGAAUGAAAAAGGUCAGAGGCACGAAGAAAGCCAAAGUAGGAACUGGCAAAAAGUUCGACUUUGAUUUCUGGCACGUGUGGCUUCAAAAAUUAAACAAAAACUACGAUCUUCUCUCAAAUAACCCACCGAAAUGGCUUCGGGAGACGAAUCAGGAGGAAAGGAGAAAAAGAAAAACCCGAAACCAGAGCAAGAAUGAACCAGAUAUUUCGAAGGAAUUAGCUGUCAAACAUCCAUUACAAAAUAAAUGGGCUUGGUGGUUUUAUAAGAAUGAAAAGGGUAAAACCUGGGAAGCAAAUCUGAGACUUAUAACUACAUUUGAUACUGUCGAGGAUUUUUGGGCGAUAUACAACCAUAUAAAGAAUGCAGCAAAAUUACAGUCUGGUUGUGAUUAUAGUGUUUUUAAGGAUGGCAUAAAACCGAUGUGGGAAGAUGAAAGGAAUAAACUUGGUGGUCGUUGGCUAAUCAAUAGUAAUAGGACUCAACGUGCAGACUUAGACAGGAUAUGGUUAGAAACGCUAUUAUGCCUAGUUGGUGAAGCUUUUGAUGACUAUUCAGAUCUAGUAUGUGGUACCGUAGUUCAGAUACGACCUAAGAUGGACAAACUAGCAGUAUGGACAGGAAACGCUAAGGAACAACAAGCUAAUAUAACAAUAGGAAGGGUUAUUAAAUCACGAUUACAAAUUUCUGGUAAAGCAUCUAUUGGUUUUCAGACACAUGCAGACACGAUGGUAAAGACUGGUUCAACUACUAAGAACCUAUAUACCGUUUGAUGUUGGGUGAAAGCUGAAUAUAAACCUAGGCCAAAUAUAUAUUUAAGACGAAGCCACGGAAACCAUCAAUAUCGUUUGCCUUGGCAAAAUAAUAUUAACUGAGGCACAUAAAUUUUAAUCCGUUUUCUUCCACAUAAACUAGAGUUGACGAGAGUUGCAUUGAACAU